CUGGAAGGGGCCGAUCCCGCCGGGUUUCCGGGAGCGGGCAGGCAUGGAGCCAGCGCCGGCAGGGCAGAAGGAGGGGGGCAGCCGCUUCCGCGCCAGCGAGCACCAGCACGCUCGUUACAACCCUCUGCGGGACGACUGGGUGCUGGUAUCGGCCCACCGGGUGAAACGCCCCUGGCAAGGGCAGCUGGAGAAGCCGCCCCCCGAGGACGUACCCCGCUGGGACCCCAAGAACCCCCUCUGUCCCGGGGCCACCCGGGCCAACGGCGAGGUGAACCCCCAGUACGAGGGCACUUUUGUCUUCCCAAAUGACUUCCCUGCGCUGCAGCCUGAUGCUCCAGAACCUGAUGACAGUGAUCACCCCUUGUUCCGAGCUGCCCCAGCCAGGGGUGUGUGCAAGGUGAUGUGCUUCCACCCCUGGUCAGACCUGACGCUGCCCCUCAUGUCCCUGGCAGAGAUCCGGACUGUCAUCGAUGCGUGGGCAGAGCUGGCGACCGACCUGGGUGCUUCCUACCCCUGGGUGCAGAUCUUCGAGAACAAGGGAGCGAUGAUGGGCUGCUCCAACCCGCAUCCCCACUGUCAGGUGUGGGCCAGCAGCUUCCUCCCGAACGAGGCGCGCCUGGAGGACCGGACCCAGCGUGAGCACCUGAGCCAGCAUGGUGUGCCCAUGCUGCUGGAGUACGCUGAGCAGGAGGCUCGCCGAAAGGAAAGGCUGGUGGUGGAGAAUGCGGACUGGCUGGUCGUGGUGCCGUACUGGGCCACCUGGCCCUAUCAGACCCUGCUGCUGCCCCGCCGCCAUGUCUGCCGCCUCCAGGACCUCAGAGAGGGCGAGAGGGACAGCCUGGCCUCCAUCAUGAAGAGGCUGCUCAUCAAGUAUGACAACCUCUUUGAAGUCUCCUUCCCCUACUCCAUGGGCUGGCACGGAGCCCCCACAGGCCCCCACCUGGAGGAGGACUGCAGGCACUGGCAGCUCCACGCCCACUACUAUCCCCCACUGCUGCGCUCUGCCACUGUCCGCAAGUUCAUGGUGGGAUAUGAGAUGCUGGCGCAGGCACAGAGGGACCUCACCCCUGAGCAGGCAGCUGAGCGCCUGAGGAGCCUCCCUGAGGUGCACUACAAAGAAGGGGACAAGGAGAUGUGAUGGGGAACAGCAGAGCCGGUCCUCAUAUGUGGUGCUGUUCCUUGUCUCCUUCACCAUCCUGGCUCUGUCUGUGCCUCCACAGCGUGCUCCUACCACCACCAAAGGGCUUGCACUCCUUACCAGUCCAGUCUCACUGGUGGGAUUGGGAGUUCUUCCUUCCCUGUGGAGGGACAUACCGGACAAUACCCCAACCUCGGACAAUAAAAUCUGGAAACAAAAGUCCCUCUGCUUGUGCCCUCGUGGCUCUCAGUCCUGGGUGGGAGGUUUAGGGUCUCUAGUGGGGACCCCCAACUGUUGGGGGGUGGGUAACACUGGUGGCUGCAGGAGAUGUACUGGCACCCCCAUGCCUCUUAUUCCUGGUCCUGCCUCUGUGCUGCCUCCUCUUCCUCCAUGGGGGGAGCUCUGAGUCUGUCUCUGAGUGCUGCAGGCUUGGGGAGGAGUGGGAAGCAGAGAGGAAUGGAUGUAGACCAAGGCUUAGCGAGCUCCUGGGAGAGGACUGAGUCCUGGCUAACUCACUGCAUGGAAGCUGCUGGCUGGAAUGGUCAGCCCUGGAGCUGUUCCUCUUCAUCCUCUGCCUGGGACUGCUGGCCUGCAGCCCUCAUGGUGCCUGCUGUGAGUGCUGGGGCUGCCGGGAUGCAGCCAGGCACUGGUGGGUCAGCUGUCUUCGUGGUGCUGUUGCUGCCCCCUUUAUCCUUCCCUGUGGCUGCACGUGGUGUGGGAUAGCAGCAUCCUGGUCCCUGAGCUGAGGGAUGCUGCAUUCACCUGUCUGUGCUCUCCUCCCUUGCAGCCCUUCCCUCCAGGAAAGCCCCAGGGCUGUGCAGGGGUAGAUUGUGGACAGUGAUGCCACCACAGCUGACGUGGGGGAGGAUGCUGUGCUGUGUACUAUCAUGUCUUUGCACAAAUAGUUUUUAUUUGUCACUAAAGAACCGUUCUCGCAACUCUCUAAUGAGACCCCUACCAUUGUCAAGUCUGUAAGUGAGCUCCUGAGAGCUGGAGGUACAUUGCAAGGAGAGAAAUGCUCUCCUCCUACCUACAACACAAGAGUUUGUGAGGAGGGCUGUGUUCCCUCUGACCCACCUGUGCAUCCCUGUCCAUGGGGCUGGGGGAGGCAGAAAGGCACUGAAAGCCACUGGCUGGGAGGCUGGAUGCUCUUCUACGUGCUGGUCCUGUCCUUCUGCCUGGAUUUCCCCAUCCCUGAAUCCACAAAGCAUCCCAAACUGACCUCAUGGCUCCCCAGGUGCCCCAGGGUUUUGGGGAGGAGCUGGAGCCAUCAUUGUACACAACGCCCCUGCGCACGGUAUAGGGGUUGCCCGGCUCGGAAUCUGACCUCUUGCAGAGUGAUUCCUUCUCUCCUGGGACGAGCAGUGUCCGUUUGGGCUCUGCGACCCACCCGAUCGCAGCCCCUCGUCCCUUAUCAUUGCAACCAGUGCCUGCAUGCCAACCUCUGAAUUACCACGCGUGCCUCCAGGGUCCUGGGAAAGCGGCAACAAAUUGGUUUAAAUGUGGCAAUCCAGAUUGGGGUAAUUAGCCGCUGAACCGGUUGUAACGAAGCUCGUCAUCUCCCUGCACGCGCAGUUAGCUCUGAUUUAAUAGCCCGCCGGCUCCCAGGCCGGGCUGCCGCGCCUCGGCCCGGGGCCGUAAAUGAAACUCGCAGUUAAGUCAAGCGGUAUUAAACUUUACAGUCGCCGUCUUUAGAAACGAGGCUCUCUCCAGUAAAUCAGAGCAAGUGCGAUUGUAAAUAUCGAGGCAGGAUCCAUAUUGCUUAAUUAAACAGCAGCUAAUGAA